CCGGCCUGCCCGCCAUGUUGGUUCCUUCCGCGGCGCCCGGCGGCGGUGGCGCAGCCCGGGACCGGGACCGGCGGGAGGAUCGGCGGCAAUUCCCUUCCCGCGGGCAGGGAUCGGCCUCCCCAGCGCUCCCGGGACCGGCGGCAGUUACCUUCCCGCGGCCUGGAGCCGAGUCAGAUUUUUGGAAACUUGCAGAUCUGCUAUAGGCAACAAGUUUAACCACUGUAGUGAUUGAGGGCUGAGAAAUGUAAAUCUUCCACAAACAGUCUAGGAAAACAGGAGGAUCUUUUCCCGUAACAAUGGCAGCAAAAUCAUCACUCCUUAAAGUAAUACUACUAGGAGAUGGUGGAGUUGGGAAGAGUUCCCUCAUGAACAGAUAUGUCACCAACAAGUUUGAUGCACAGCUGUUUCAUACAAUAGGUGUGGAAUUCUUAAAUAAAGAGUUGGAAGUGGAUGGACAUUUUGUUACAAUGCAGAUAUGGGACACAGCAGGUCAGGAACGGUUUAGGAGCUUGCGGACUCCUUUCUAUAGAGGUUCUGACUGUUGCCUGCUAACCUUCAGUGUGGAUGACUCUCAAAGCUUCCAAAACUUAAGCAACUGGAAGAAAGAAUUCAUUUAUUAUGCAGAUGUCAAGGAGCCUGAAAGUUUUCCAUUUGUGAUUCUGGGUAACAAAGUUGAUAUCGAUGAAAGGCAAGUAUCUACAGAAGAAGCUCAAGACUGGUGCAGGAAUAAUGGCAACCAUCCCUAUUUUGAAACCAGUGCAAAAGAUGCCACUAACGUUGCAGCAGCCUUUGAAGAAGCUGUUAGAAGAGUUCUAGCCUCUGAAGAUAGAUCGGAUCACUUUAUUCAAACAGAUACAGUAAACCUUCAUCGGAAACCGAAGCCCAGCUCAUCUUGUUGUUGACUUAAAUUUCUUUUUGCCAAAUUACUGUUGACUAGCUUGCUCUGUGAAAGAAUGAGGAAGGUGUAGUAGAUAGAAUAACAAAUGGGUUUCACUCUAAUAUUAAAAUUGUAAUAUUCUGCUGCUUUCAUGGGGGAGAAAAAGAAAAAUCUCCAUUCAUGAGUGACCCGUUAUUGAAUUAGUGAUGCUUUCUGUUUAGGAAGAUACCAAGGAAAAAAUAAUAUAAGAAUAUAAUUUGCCAACUUUGUUCAAAUGAUAAAUACUUUGAAUAUAAUUAAAACUUGAAAGUUCUAGAAGCACUACUUUGGAGAAGCUGUUCUGGAAUUCAGGCACAAAGAUACUUUUAUAUGUGUAUAUUUUUAUGAAAUUGGCAUUCCACUUUUGUUUCAUUAGAUGUCAGUUUCUUAACAAUGCUAGAUAUUAAACUUCAGUCUCACUACAUUCCUUUUGCUGUGAGUGGUACUUCAUCUCUAAUGUGGUUAUUAUAAGUUAAUAUAAAUUACGUCCAGGUCUUCUAAUUGCCUAAUGUUGCUGUAAUUUGUGUAAGUUUGUAAGUAGGAAGUAAAUUUCCUACGUAUUUAAUGUCCAUUUUCUCCCAUAUACUAUUCUAAUGCUGCACUAAUUUUUCCAGUGGUUUAAUGCAAAAUACUGAUCAUUUUUAAAAUUAAUGUGUGUCCUUGCCUUAAGUCCAUUCUGGCAUGUUUCUGAUCAAUAAGGUAAAAAAUCUGAGUAACUGAAAUAUAACCAUUUUUUGAAAAAGAAAUGCUUUAUUCAGUCAGCUUUAAUAGCACUUGAAAGGAUCCACAUUGUGACAGUUUCUUAGGAAAAUUUGUGUACAGCCUUAGAAGUUCCAAACUUCUGUUCCUGUUAACCUGAGCUAUGAAUGUGUUUACCUGUAAUAUCUGCACUGUGAUAUUAAGGAAUGGCAAUACGUAGAGAACUCAGGAAGCUCUUGUCUUAAAGUAGAUUUGACAGCUUUCAGUCCUAAUACAGGUAUAUAACUAUAGAUAGUAUUUGAGCUGAAUUUGAUCAUUAUUAAAAUUGCUAUUUUAGGAUAUGGAGUUGCACCUUUAAGAGAUAAUGUCUUUUAUAUUACUGAAUUAAUUUCAUAAUUAUGAACCAGAGCAAAAUCUGUAUUUCUUGGACAGUUUUUUGCAGUCAGGCAGACAAAACUACAGGUGUUUUUGAGGCUUUCAGCUGCAGUUUCAGUGGUAGAAUACUUGUAUGAGAAAUGGUUAUUGGCUCUCAGAGUAACCACUGUCCUAGCAAUAGCAAAAUUGCUAGUCCACUCACAAUUGCUUCCAUCUGUAAUUGACUGCUAACAGGCACACAUGUGCACGUGGUCUGAGAGAGGAAGUUUCAUGCUGCAGGACAGGCCAUGUUAUUCAUUAAACAACUGCUUUCUGUACAGAAGCUUUGUUUCAAUGGAAAAGCCUUUCUUGAGAGUACAUUACCAGCAAGCACUUUAUCUUAAAAGUAUCUGAUCAAUCUGUACCAGGUGUAAUUAUUUGGAAGUAAAGCUUGCAAAAACAAA